AUGAAUGAAGAUCCAGAAGCUGACGCUACAGACCUAAAAUCAGGACCAUUUGGUGUACUGUAUAACGCGGUUCGAAAUAAUACGCAGGUGCUUGUGAAUGUACGAAACAACCACAAGCUGCUGGGAAGAGUAAAAGCAUAUGAUCGGCAUAUGAACUUGCUGUUGGAAGAUGUUAAGGAAAUGUGGACGGAAAAUUCCAAGGGAGGCAAGGGAAAGACUAAGGGGAAAGCCGUGAAUAAAGACAGAUAUGUCAGCAAAAUGUUUCUGCGGGGUGAUUCAGUUAUCAUAAUUGUCAGCAACCCAGCGAGUUUAGCAGAAGGAGAGCAAAAGGAUGCCUCGUCAUAA